AUGGCCACUACCAUCAUUGACGUCCAAUACUAUGUUUUCCUCUUCCUCCUCUGCCUCUCCUCAACACUUCUCCUUCAAUACUUCUUCAAGAAAUCCAAACCCGCCGGAACUAUCCAUCUCCGCCCCCCGCCGAGCCCACCGGCUCUUCCUGUCAUAGGUCAUAUCCACCUCCUCACCAAAGACAUCCAUAUUUGCUUCCAAAAACUCGCCUUAAAAUAUGGCCCGUUGCUAUUCCUACGCUUUGGAUCAUUCAAAUUUCUCCUCAUCUCAUCCGCGUCGGUGGUGACCGAGAUUUUCAAGUCCCACGACGUGGCGUUUGCAUCGAAACCCGUGUCGGUCUUCGAGAACCGGUUAAUAUUCUCCAAUAUAGGGUUUAUCUUUUCUCCGUACGGGGAUUAUUGGAGGUUCAUGAAGAAAAUGACUGUAACCGAACUUCUCGGAGCCAAACAGCUCCAGAGAUCACGUAACGUUAGAAGGGAGGAGCUUCACCGAUACUUGAAAAAAGUGUUGGAGAAAGCGCAAGAAAACCAAGUGUUUAGUUUGGGGGCAGAGUUGAUGAAGUUGACGAAUAAUACUAUAUGUAGGAUGGCUUUGAGCACAAGAUGUUCUGAGGAAGAUAAUGAGGCGGAGAAGAUUAUGGAGCUCGUCAAUGGGUCGUUGGAGUUGGGGAUGAAGUUGGCGAUGGCGAACAUGGCGGGGCCUUUGAAGAAAGUUGGUGUUUGGAUGUAUGGGAAGGAGGAUAGGGAGAUUAACAAAAAGUGCGAUGAGUUGUUGGAGAGGAUGUGGAAGGAGCAUGAAGAGAGAGCAAAGAGGGAUGGCGGUGUUGAUAGGGAAGAUAAAGAUUUGAUGGAUAUUCUAUUGGAAGCCUAUCAUGAUGAGAACGUUGAGUUCAAGAUUAACAAGAACCAAAUCAAAGCUUUCAUUCUGGAUCUCUUCAUUGCAGGAACAAGUACAUCUACAGAUGCAAUGCAAUGGGUGAUGGCCAAUCUAAUCAAUCACCCAGAAGUCAUGAAAAAAACAAGAGAAGAGAUAGAUUCAGUGGUGGGAAACAAAAGACUUGUUGAAGAAACAGAUCUUCCAAAUCUUCCAUAUUUACAAGCUGUUGUGAAGGAAACACUAAGACUAUACCCACCAGGGCCUCUAUUGCCAAGAAGAACAUAUGAAGCUUGCCAACUUAGAGGCUUUGACAUACCAAGAGACAUUAUGGUAGUUUUCAAUUUCUAUGCCAUAAUGAGAGAUCCUGAAGCUUGGGAGAAUCCAAAUGAUUUCAUCCCUGAAAGAUUCUUGUCUUCAAACAAGGAAAAGGCGAAUCAAAUCGUCAAUUUCGUCGCGUUUGGGUCCGGAAGGAGGAUGUGUCCUGGUGCAACCCUAGCACUUACCUUGAUGAACACUACUGUUGCAUCAAUGGUUCAAUGCUUUGAUUGGAAGGUUGGUGAAGAUGGAGACAGAGUGAAUAUGGAACCGGAAGCCGGCUUGCAUUUGGCGCUCGCCGAGCCUCUCAAGUGCCGUCCAAUCGUCCGAUUUGAUCCAUUUUCUUCCUAAACAAGAAGUUUAAUUGUUGCUUUAUUCUUCUUCUUCCUUUUCUUUCUUGCUUUAGUUCAUAUAUCGUUUACUCAAUUAAAUUUAUGUCUUUUAUUUCUACAAGAAGCUAGUCUUCAUAAUUAAGGAUGGUUGGAGAUAAGCUGUGGUUUGUGCUUUUGUAUGUGGAUCUUAAUGUAAACCUAUAAAAGAUAAUAAUUCACUUCUCUUGUGACUUUGAUCUUUCCAAGGGAAAAAAAA